AAAUAUAGAUAUACAUACAUACAUUAUAUAUAUAUAUAGUUGAUUUAUCAAAGGUAAUUAAUUGAGGGUUGAAAUGACUACGGAAGCGGAAGCAAAACAGCAUUUGGUAAAAAAACUUGAGUAUGACCAUUGCUUAGAAACAAUUUUAGCCCUCGCAGACGACCAAGCUGGAGUCGAGUGGCCAACCUUCCUUCCUCUUUGCAAUCAACUAUCUCAACGUGGCAUCUCCCUCUGCAAUGGAACUAUCAAAUUCAGAAUUAAUCUCGAAACAAACACUAAUCGACUCUUCAUAUUACCAAAAAUUCUCACUAUUUUCGGGGUUAAUGAUCCCCGAUACUGGAAAUGGAUCUACAUCACGGACCAUAUUACUUCUGUGGAUGCCCCUCAACUGAUUGCAAUACAAAAGCUUGACAUACGUGGAGCAUUUUCCGCACCAUUGGUGACACCAAAAGUCUUAAACGUGUUAUCAUUAUUGGUAUUGCUCACUGAGAAUACCGGCGGAUGGCAGACUCCUUUGAACGUUACAAUCACCACACCAGAUGGGUCAACGAGACAGAGCCAAGUAAGCCUCGCGAGGAAGCCGAUAGGCAUUUUCUUUGAACUCACAGUAGGCGAGUUCACUCUCAAUGACGAUGGAUGUAACAGUACCGGCCUAGUUAAGUUCAGCGUAACGGAAUACUCAAACUAUGAAAAACGUGGGAUGCUGAUCAAAGGUUGUAUUGUUCGAGCAAAGUUUUCACUUGGCUGCACAAAUCCAACUUUGGACCGUGCAUAAAAUUCUCUUUUCUCAACUCAAACUACAUUUUGUAUUUUGAGGCAAUCUGGCUACAAGUUUAUGUUUAAUAAUUACCCAUAUAUAAAAUGAAAUACCAGACAUGUAAUAGCAUCAAAAAGAUUAUAUAAAUAAUACACAAACUGUUUUUGCAUACUAGCAAAACGGUUAUGUAUAAUGUUUUAAACACACUUUUUUCUCUUUCACAUAUCAAUGUUUUAGAAUAUUUGAGAGAAAGAAAUAAGAACUUGUUUGGAAGAUUUAACUC